AUGUUGAAACUAAGAUCUCUUCAAAAGAAGAAACAAGAAGAAUUAAAAGAUUCAAAUACCAAUAACACAAAUUAUUUAUCAAAUGAUAAACCAACACCAGCUCAAUUAAGAAUUGAAAAAGAUUUAAAAUCAUUAGACAUCCCACCAACGAUCCAGUUCAAACAAUUAGAUUCCUCCAAGAUGCAAUUUGAAAUAAUAAUUAAACCUGAUGAAGGUUUUUAUAAAUUUGGUAUUUUCAAAUUUCAAAUGACAAUUAAUAAUAAUUUCCCAAUUGAUGCACCAAAAGUUAAAUGUUUAAAUAAGAUAUAUCAUCCAAAUAUUGAUCUUGAUGGGAAUAUCUGUUUGAAUAUCCUAAGGGAGGAUUGGUCCCCAGUGCUAAAUUUGAAUAGUAUAUUGGUUGGAUUGUUAUUUUUAUUUUUGGAACCUAAUGGGAAUGAUCCAUUGAAUAAAGAAAGUGCAGGUGUUUUGAUUAGGGAUAAGAAUUUGUUUAAGAAGUAUGUUAAUGUUAGUAUGAAUGGUGGGAGUAUUGAUGGGGUGAGGUAUGAUUAUGUGCAUUGA